AUGGCGAUUAAAAAAGGCGGUGGUAAGAAACUGUCAUCGGGCAAGAAGCAGAAGCACGGUUUCGUGCGCGCCAGCAGCUCACGUGGCGGUAAUCCAUUUGAUACACGCAGCAAUGCCACUAAACAAAAGCACGUCGUCAUUGGACGUCGUGUUAAAGGCACAGGCCGAAACGUAUUGGCCGCACGUGCUGAAGCCGAACGCAAGCGUCACAAGACGCUCGGCGUCGAGUUUAAAGCCCGUAACAAGAGCAACGUGUUUAAGGACAAACGUCUCGGUGAACAGGACCCAACACUGUCUAUGGAGGAUAAGAUGAUGGCUCGAUUUCAGACGGAACGCAAGCGUAAGAUGCGUAACGCGUCGACAUUUGCACUUCACGACUCUGACUCGGAACAAGAAGAAAAUGAGAACGCGCUGUUCUUGACGCACAAAGGAACGAAAAUUACCGACGAUGAUUACGAUAUACUCAAUGGCGACAGGUUGUCGGACGAGGAGGAGGAGGAUGAGGAAGGAAGGAAGAUGGACAGGGAUAUUGUCAAUAAACUCCACUUUGGUGGUGGCAAAGGAGACGCCGAUGCACCAGAAACUCAAGAAGGAGGUGGGAAGAGGAAGACACACAAAGAAGUGAUGCAGGAAGUUAUGAUGAAGGCAAAACUGUACAAGGCGGAGCGGCAGAAAAACAAAAAUUCACAAGAAGAUGCGACGGACAAACUGGAUCAAGGGUUUGCAGAUCUGCGUGGUUUGCUCGAGUUCCGUCCUACGCGUGCCAAUGGCAAGGAUGUGAUACCAGUGCAGAUGGACGACUUUGACAAAUUGACGCGGGAACUUGUCUAUGAGGCCAAAGCCAAAGCGACGGAGCGACGAAUGUCACCGGAGGAGGCUGCUGCAAAGGAACGUGACCGUCUUGCUCAGCUUGAAAAGAAGCGUGUGCUACGUAUGCACGGCGCUGACACUGACGACAUUGACAGCGACGACGCAGGAAAGCGCAAGAGCAAGAAGGACAAGAAAAAAGCUAGUAAAGGAAAAACGCCGCAGCUUAUCAUGAUGCCACCUACUGAUGAUGAUCUGACUGACGCAUACGCGAUUGAUGAUCGUUUUGCCGCCGAUGCUGAAGAAGAAAAGGUGGAGGAGGACGCCGAGGGUGGAGACGAUAAUGUGGCAUUGGAUGAGAGCGAGGAGGAAGAUGCUGAAGCAGAUUCUGUAGAGGAUUCGGACGUUGGGGAUGUAGAAAAGGUGACAAAGGAAGAAGCAUGGGAAGAGGAAGAAGAGGAAGAAAAAGAAGAGGUUAAAGCGAAAGAAGAGGAGGUAGAGACUGAAAGCGACGAAGAAAUGGAAAAGCAAAAGCGGUUGCAGGAUGCGGAGAAGGCUGCAGCUGAGCUUCCAUUUGUGUUUGACUGCCCGGAGUCUUCUGAAGAGCUGGCCGCAAUCUUCAAGAAGCACGCGCGAAAGUCUUCUGAAAAGCGUGGGCUUAUCUUGGAGCGCAUUGUGACAUACUACAAUCCACGAUUGAGUGUGGAAAAUAAAAGCAAGAUGAAGCGUUUCUUCGCGGUGACAGUGCGCCAGUUCCUAAUCUUUGCAGCGCGAUAUGCUGCACACAAGGAUGACCUUGACUUGCUUGCAAACACCAUGUACACGAUAGCUCAGCAGAUGGGCGACACGGCGGGCAUGGUAGUGCGUGAACUGCUUGCCCAGCUUUUUAAGCGUCUGCACAAGCGUGCUACCAUUUCUGCGUGGCCUACGCUUCCGGAGCUCCUUCUAUUCAAGGCCUUGACGUGCAUUUUCCCGACGUCCGACUUGCGGCACAAUGUGAUAUCUCCAAUGGAGACACUGCUCGGAGAAAGCUUAGCUCGUGGUGCGGUGAGUUCACCACAGGAGGCUACACAGGCACUAUUCACUGCUUCAUUAUCGCUAGACAUGACGCGUUUGAAGAAGCGCUUCAUGCCGGAGGUUGUGACCUUCCUCACUCGCAUUCUCCGUGCUUUUGUGACGUCGAGUUCCGAUGAGUCAAAGGACGACGACGACGACAAAACUUCAGUCCAUUGGCUACGUCGUGACCUGCUGGAGUGGGUGUCCACUCGCUCUGAAGAGAAGAUAUCUGCAUUACCGCGACUCUCGCUGGCUGGUAGCUCGACAUGUAGCGGUGCUCAAGUCUUGAGUUCCCUGUUGGUUCUACUGGAUGUUUCAUCGGCCCAGUAUGCAUCGCUGUCAUCCUUCGACGAACUCUUUUACCCGCUCUACCUACUGCUACAUGCUCUGGUGAAGCAAUUGGACGACAUUGAGAUCGUUGAAGUCAAUUCGGUCAUUUCAAAGCUUCACACACGUCUCGAGGCUUGCUGGAAAGCACGUCGUCCCCUUCGCCUGCAGAGUUUUGCACCACCGGCUUUACCAACAUUUGCACCACAGUUUGACGAGAACUACACCGUACGAAAGGACAAGACGGCACCAAAGGACACAGCGCAACUCAAGCAAUUGCAACGCCAAGUCAAGCGUGCACGCAAGAGUGCAGCACGUGAGCUUCGUCGUGAUGCCGAGUUUCUCCACCGUGAAAAGCAGAAGGAGGAAGACGCGAGACUGGCAGCCAAGGAAGAAAAACAAAAAGAAAUUCGUCGUUGGGUCGAAGAACAAAAUGCCACAUUUAACCAGCAAGUACGUAAGGGUGGCAAUAUGCUCAAAGGUGGAGGAUCAGCUCGUGGACCGGCCCCACGGGCACGUAAACCCAAAAUGUAG